AUGGAAGCACUCUCGAAGAAGUCUAUCCGGUCGUCUCGGGGAUUCACGUACACCUACUACGUGUCCGAUCCCGACACAAUCGCCAAGAAUGCCCCGACCCUGCUUCUUCAGCACGGUUUCCCCGACGACGCACACAUCUGGCAAACGGAUCCUUCGGCAUACGGAAUGUCGGCACACACUCGAGAUCUAACCGAGGUAUUGGAUGCUGAAGGCGUUGACACCGUCGUAUCGACACCGUCGUAUCCGUGGGCCACGAUUGGGGCUCCGCCGUCGCCCAACGCCUGUAUGCCUAUCAUCCCGAGCGGAAAGCCGUCGGGCAUCCGCUGCUCGCAUAUCAGGAGUUCCCUGAUCACCGACGAGGCACCCGCGAUCCUGAAAGCACACGCCGACCGGGUCUACGACGGGAUGCACGGCGCGCCACCGGACUGGAUGCUGCAGCUCCUCUGCCGGUGCGGAAAGUGGAAGGAGUGGCUACUCGACGAGAGCGGAGACAGCAACGUCGAGGUGCGUGACUACGCCAAAGAUGCGAAAUUGAAGCGCGCGUUCGUAGAGAGGUUCCAGAGGGACGGGUUUGAGGGCCCUGUUUGUGACUACAAGGCGAACAAUUAA